AUGGGGUCGAUCCCCGAUCCCGGCGAGUUGACAGAGUUGACUCCGCCGAGCUUCGACGAGUUCCAGAGGCAGACCUCUCUCAUGACCAGCUGUACUCUACUGUGGAAGGAGCUCUCGGACCACUUCACGUCCUUGGAGCAGAAUUUACUGAAGAAAUCUGAGGCCAUCAAGCGCAAAAUUCAAAACCUAGAGCAGGAGACCAAGGAGUCCCUCGACGAGCUCGAGCAGCGGGAGGUCACAAUCAUGGAGAGCGUAGAGAUCGCGGUCGGAAAGGUCGAGAAGAGCAAGGAGGCCGCGCUCAAGGUCUUGAAGAGAGGUCGCUCCGACGACGACGAUGGAGAGGUGGACGACAACGAGGGAUUGCUGAUGAAUCUCAAGUCCUUGUGCUUGAAGAUGGAUUCUGGACGGUUCUGGAGGUUCGUGACGGCGAGGAAGAAGGAAUUGGAGGCUCUGAGGUCACAAAUGCCUCUGGCUUUGGCUGAUUGUGUUGAUCCGGCGAAGUUCGUGCUCGAGGCGAUAUCGGAGGUGUUUCCGGUGGACAAGAGAGUUGACAAGAGCGAGAGGGGUAACGAUUUGGGCUGGGCUUGCGUUCUGGUUCUGGAGUCUCUGAUUCCGGUGGUGGUCGACCCGAAGAUCGGAAAAUCAAGGCUUCUGGUGACGCCGACCGUGAAGGAACGUGCCAAGGAGAUCGCCGAGACUUGGAAGGCCAGUUUGGAAGAGCGAGGUGGCAUUGAGAACGUGAAGACUCCUGAUGUUCACACGUUCCUGCAGCAUUUGGUGACUUUUGGGAUUGUGAAGGAGGAGGAUGUUGAUUUGUACAGAAAACUUGUGGUUGGGUCGGCCUGGCGCAAGCAGAUGCCUAAGCUGGCCGUUUCGCUUGGCCUCGCCAAGAAAAUGCCGGAUAUGAUUGAAGAAUUAAUCAGCAGGGGACAACAGCUUGAUGCGGUACAUUUCACUUAUGAAGUUGGACUUGUGCACAAGUUUCCUCCUGUUCCUCUGCUGAAAGCUUUUCUGAAAGAUGCUAAGAAAGCUGCAGCCUCUAUUAUGGAAGAUCCCAAUAAUGCUGGUCGAGCUGCGAACCUAGCUGGACGCAAAGAGCAGUCUGCACUCCGAGCUGUCAUCAAGUGUAUUGAAGAUUACAAACUUGAGGCAGAAUUUCCUCCAGAAAACCUCAAGAAGCGCCUUGAGCAGCUAGAGAAGGUGAAACCAGAGAAGAAAAGGCCAGCUGCAGUCCCUGCCAACAAACGAACACGAGCCAACAAUGGAGGUCCCAUGCCUCCAGCCAAGGCUGGACGCUUGACGAAUGCAUAUGUGUCUUCUUUCCCUACACCUCCUCCGACGUUUGUCAGGUCUCCUUCCCAUGCUCAGUAUCCUGCUGGGUACUCACCGUACCAUUCCCCACCCACCAUGUAUGGCAGCAGAAGCCCACCAACCAAUCCUUAUGCGUACUCACCUGAAGCCGCCCCUCCACUUGCCGGAUCAUAUCCUGGAGCUCCCAUGAACUAUCCUGCAUACGGGGGUUAUGGCAAUGGUAUGGUACCAGCUUAUCAGCAGGCUUACUACCGAUAG